GGCGUACUGUUCUUCGCGUAACGCUACUCGAUGGGUGAAUAAUCUCAUGACAAAGUACGAAAGUAAGUCCACGGACGCGACGGCGAAAUUAACAACGACCGUAGAGAACGCCAGAGCGAUCUCAGAAAGAGAAACUCGCGACUCGUCGGAUCGCAGCAGCGAAGUAGAAUUCGAAGUAGAAUUCGAUCAGAAGGAGGACUCAAACGCUCCCAAGUGUCGAUAUUCAAGUUCAACGGAGAAUGGAUACACUUGCGAUAACUGUCAACGCAUCUUCAAGACAAAACGCCGUCUAACGCAGCACAUAACAAACUGUGAGAAACGCAGUGCGAUCGGUCAAACGGAGUUGUCGACGGUUGAAUGCGUUCAAGAGACAAGAAAGAACGAGAAAAUAAACGACGAUCCGCUGAAGCAAGAAGAUUCAAGCCACCUGAAAAAUUGCAAGACGAAGAGCGCAAAAGACGACGAAGGCGAAUGUCGUGCUGAACCAGAAAGGUCUUUGAGAAAACGCUCGUCGCGAACUUAUCCCUGCAGAUAUUGCGAGUACACGGCGGAGAAGAAGAAACUGUUGAAUGUCCACCUGCAGGAACUGCACUCCGAGUUUGCGAGGAAAAAUCGGAGAUCAUUCGUGGACACGGAGACUGUGUUGCGCGCCAGGAUGGAGCACGACGGUAAGGUGUACUAUCACUGCGGCGAGUGCGGGAAAAACCUGAACUCGCCUUACACCUUUUACUGGCACAUACGCAUCCACACGGGUGAACGACUGUUCACCUGUCACAUGUGCGGCAAGCGCUUUCGCGUAAAUCAGGGCCUGGCACGCCACUUGAAGGAGACACACGCCGGCAUCAAGAACAUACCGUGCGACCUGUGCGGUCGCAUGUUCUCCACGCGGCGCAACGCCGAGGACCACCGGCGUAUCCACACUGGCGAAAGACCGUACGUCUGCAACGUAUGCGGCAAGACGUUCAAGCAGAAGGCCUCCCUCUUCGUGCACAACCGCACGCACUCGGAUGUGUUCCCGUAUAAGUGCAGCUACUGCGAGCAAACCUUCCGCACGCGACCGCCGUUGAUGGUGCACAUUACCAAGCACACGGGUGAGAAACCGUACGCCUGCGACGUCUGUGGCCGUUGCUUCCGUAUAAAGUACGAGUUGAAACGACACCGAUUGAUCCACUCGGACGAGAAACCGUGGCGCUGCACCGAUUGCGACCUCUCGUUCCGACAGAAACGUUACUUAAUUAAUCAUAAAAGACUCAAUCACAAGCCAAUCACGAUUCAAUCGCGCUGUUUGACCGACGCGAAGUAACGGAGUCUCUUUUCAGUUGGCUGUCUCGUAUGACGAGUGUCGAAGGGACGGGACACGCUCGAAACAGCUUACAGAAGGACGAGAAAUCCUACAGAGCAGGAUCUGUAAUUGUUGCAACUCUAUUUCAUCUGGGUGACUUCAAUAAAAGAUUGCAGUUGCGAGAAGAUCAUGUGACAAACUGCCAGUUAAAUAAGACUGGGGAAAGG